AUGAUUUGCACAUCAGAUGCACUAGUUGCUAUCAGUGAUAAGAUUCUCAGUUCCAUAGAUGAGUUGAACAAAGUGGAGUACAAUAAAAAAGGCAGAAAAUAUAAGUUUGUCAACAAUCAUUUUCAAAGAGUUAGAGAAGAAGAAAAGCAUCUUAUUAUAUGCCCUGAAAAUGUUUCAGCCAAGAUGGGAGUGAUACUGUCAUAUCACAUCCUAAAGAGUAUCAAUGGAGGUGCAAUUCUCGAAGAAUUCCCUGAAUUAUGUCUCUCAAUCAUUGGUGUGGCCAACCAACUAGAGACCAAUAAAUGGUACGAAGAGGAGAAUAGCUCGGUGGUGAACUAUAAAAAUUCGAAAUUUGACCCCUUAGUGAGUAAGGAUGAGGCCCUUGUAUACUUCAAAGGUGUCACCGAUGAUCAUGUUCGUAAAGGACUUGACAUAAUGGUGUGCUCAAAAUUAAAUUUCUUGCACACCGAUCAUCACAUUGGAAUCAAAUUGGAUAGUCAUUACAUUAAACACUAUGUUAACCAACAUUUCGGGCCAGAGGCACUAAAUAACCCAGAUGUUCUUAUUGCCCUUAAAAGUUUCGUCCACUGGGGUAACAUUAAGGGGAUCUUGUACAGGCUAGACAUUCCCAACGUAAACAUUUCUGACGAGCUUAGAUCAAACUUCGCCAAAUUUCCAGAUCCACCAACUGAUUUGAAAGACGGCGUCUACGACAGAUACCCUUCAGGAACAUCACAAUACUCAUUAAUUCGCAAAGCUAUUGAUAUCUUGGGCGACUAUAAGUAUUCUAAAUUAAUUCCUUAUCCAACUGGGCCACUCUUCGAUUUGGAUUGGAUAUUCCAUAUAUGUAAUGAUAUUGAAAAUGAUCCUAUCAGGUAUCACCUAAGAUCUACAAAGAAGAGUUUAUGUACUGAUCCUAUUAAUUUGAACGAACUUACUCAGGAGCAUUCAACUCAAAUUAAAAGUUUAUUAGCUUUAAUUUCACUUGUAUUCAAUAUCUUUGAAAAUACUGGUGGUGAAUUUUUAUUGCAAAAUUCCAAGAUCCCUAAAUUGGAUGAUGAAUUGAUCGCUAAACACCAGAAGUAUUAUCAUGAAUUAUGUGAUGUUAAAGAUAAAAUCAAAGAGUACGAAUUAAAAGAUUGGGAUGCAAAUGAUAUAGUUUUGAGAUUACAUAAAAACGAUUCCUCAAUUUUCAACUCAGUUAUGGAAAUGAGAUUAAAAUAUAUCGAUAAUUACGAAUAA